AGGAAACCAAUUCCGUGACAUUUCAAUCAUUUCAGUCGCUUGGAGGGGACCUACCACGGAACACUCUUGGAUCUCCACAAUAUUGCAACCAGAGGAUUGCAAGGAAAGCUAGACUCAAAGUCCUGACUCAAGGAAGGGGGAAAUACUGUACUUGUCUUCGCGUUUUUGGAUAUAUUCUUGACGCAGCUCUCUUCUACUAUCACUCCUUCCUUCUCCUCCCUCCCCAUCUUUGUUGUGUCUUCUUCGCCACAAAAUUUGUCUUAUGAUGUUGGCAAGGACGGCGGAAUACUGCAUCCGCUGCAGUCCGGCCCUGAAGACUGCGGAACAUAUCUGAAUAUUCCGAGGACUGAGAUCAUUCCAGAAGGCUUGAGUCAUGUCGUCGGCACGACCAACGAGCAUCGAGCUCAGUAACCUUUCUCAUCAUUCACAGCUGGAGGAUAAUGCUCAACUAAAUGAGUCGUCUCUUGCACCAGUGGACCGUGGAUUCGGCGCUUGGUCAUAUCUACUAGCUGCAUUCGUUGUUGAAGGAGUUGUAUGGAGACUCCCAGACUCGUUUGGUGUCUUCCUUGAUAGCUGCCUCAACGAUCCGAAAUUUGUGAACCAGCCCCAUGCAUCCACUUUACUUCCUCUCAUUGGGUCUCUGUCAUCGGGAAUGAUUUUCUGUUCUGGUCCCCUAAUCUAUCCCAUUAAUGUGCGAUAUCCAUACUAUCGUCGUACAAUGAUGUGGAUUGGCGUAAUCGUAUGCGGGGCAAGUCUCUUCGGGGCGAGUUUUGUGACUAAGGUACCAGUCCUAAUUGGCCUACAGGGAAUUCUCUAUGCUAUCGGCGGAUCGCUCCUGUACGCCCCCUGUAUAUCUUAUAUGACCGAAUGGUUUGUGAUGCGGAGAGGUCUUGCAAGCGGUGUCAUCUUCGCUGUCCUGCAUUCAAGAACCUCUGCUGGUGGUUUGAUUCUCCCUCUCGUAUUGCCAACCCUCAUAUCUCGUCACGGAUCUGCGAAGGCUCUCCGAAUCAUUUCUGUCGUGCUUACAACAGUUCUCAUACCAAUUGUUGCACUAGUCAAACCCCGACUUCCUGAAUCUAGAAAUCGUGCUCAAGUAACACCUCCUCGUUCACGCGACUGGAUGAAUAGUCCCACCUUCUGGGUCCUUCUUGCCGUUAAUACGGUUCAGGGUCUCGGCUACUUUGUGCCUGUUGUAUGGCUUCCAACUUUUGCACAUGAAAUUAACCUGAGCAGUACCAGCUCUUCGCUGGCUGUUGCACUUUUGAAUGGCGCCUCUCUGCUCAGUCGUCUGUCAUUAGGUUACCUAGCUGACAGACUAAAUCCGUGGCUCCUCGCAUUAUCUACACUAUCUUCAACAUCAAUCGCUACAUUUAUCCUCUGGGGCCUGCUCUCGCGAAAUCUUGCUGGACUUCUAUCAUUUGGUAUCACCUACGGUGUACUCGCUGGGGGAUGAAGUAGUUUAUGGACAGGAUUUAUCGCUCCCAUCGCUAAAGACCCAAACUUGGUGACCUAUCUAAUCGGAUAUCUUAUGCUCUCGCGAGGUGUAGGCAACAUUUUAUGCACGCCAAUCUCAUCUGCGCUGGCUACGACGUCAGGUCCUUUUACUGGCGAGAUAACCACAGGGUUUCAGGUGACGGGAGGAAGAUUUGAGAAUAUGAUUUUGUAUGUGGGGAGUGUUUUGCGGGUGCUGCAGGGGUUGCGCUGUUAGGGUGGGCACUGGAUUCGAGGGCAGACCGGGCUCGAAGCCGCGCAACUUGAAUUGAAUGUGGAAUAAUUUAUUAGGAAUAGGGAUAAGGUGUAUAGCCUAUUUUGUUCUUUUCGGCCGUGACCACCUCAAACGUCUUUUCUUCUAAUCUGGGUCGGACCGGCCUUCCGGAAAUACCGAUCGGUAUUUUUUC